AUGCCGGCUAAAAACAAGGAACAAGAAAAAGAGAUGAUGGAGUGGAUUGGCAAUGUUUUGGGCGAGCCGAUUCCUGAAAGCGUCUCUUACGAGGAUCAUCUGAAGGACGGCGUCGUGCUUUGUAACCUCAUCAACAAGAUAGCCCCCGGAUCGGUGAAAAAAAUACAGACCAAGGGUUCCAACUUCCAGCUGAUGGAGAACAUUCAAAGAUUUCAAGCGGCCAUCAAAAAAUACGGUGUCCCGGAAGAAGAGAUUUUCCAAACUGCCGAUUUGUUCGAACGCAGAAACAUAGCGCAAGUGACGCUUUGCCUUUAUGCCCUCGCUCGCAUUACCCAAAAGCACCCUGAGUACACGGGCCCGGCAUUGGGACCUAAAAUGGCCGAUGCUAACAAGAGAGAAUUCACCGAAGACCAGUUGAGAGCAUCCGAAAAUCACCUCAACCUUCAAAUGGGAUUCAACAAAGGAGCUUCCCAGUCGGGUUUGGGAUCCUUCGGCAACUCAAGGCAUAUGUAA